GUGAUAUACGCCAAUCAACCCUAGCAAGGUGAUUUAAAAUCAUCACAAGAAAUUAUUUUUUUAAUUAGAUAUAAAAUACAAAUAAAAAAUAUAUAAAAUUAUAUUGUGAUUUAAAAAAAUAUAUAUUAAUUAACAAUGUGGAGAUUGAAGAAACAAAUAGUAAUAUUUAAUUUGGCCUUGGUGAUUAUAUACUCUUCCACGUGUAUCAAUGCUUUGGAAGAAAAUUGCACUGAUUUUCAAGGUGGAACUGUUCGUCAUGGACUUUUGUAUGUGCCUGGACCAGCAGUAUGCAGUCUGUGUGUUUGUUAUCAUUCUGAGCCAAUGUGGUGUCAGGCCAUUUACUGCUCACCACCCUAUAAAUGCAAAAGAUUUCGAGUUGGUGAAAGAUGCUGUGAAUUUGAGUGUCUCAAUGGUACAGAGGGUGAUACAAGUAGACGAUUAUACACAAUACCAUCAUCAAGUCCAACUAAAUAUUCAUUGUUGACAAAUAUUUUAAUUAUAACAAGUUUACUUAUGACGAUAAAAUUAUUGCCACAUCAAUGGUCAUAUCAAUGAUCCAAAUUAUUAGCUUAAAAAAUAUUAUUAAAAAUAUAAAAAUGAAAGGUGAUAUACAAGAAGAGUGAUAAAUGCUUGUUAAAGUGCCUGACUCGAUAAUUGGAGACUUCAAGUAUCGAGUUAUGAUGAAAUAAAUUUAAAAAUGUGAUUAUUAUUAUUUUAUAUAUUAGCUUUUAUUUUUUAAACACGAAAUAAUGUCCCAGUUAACGAGUCAAGUAAAAUGCAAUGGGAGAAAUCGAUUUAAAAAAAAAAUAUAAUGAAAAUGAAAUCGUCUGUUAGAUAGGAUAAAUGCUGAAACAUAAUAAUUAAUAUAAAUAAUAAUAACGAAAUAAUAAAUUUAAAAAAAAAAAUUAGAUAAUUGAAAUUAAAAAAAAUUAAAUUUUGUUUGUGAAUAUGAAAAUAAUUAAGUAUAAAUAUUUUCGUAAAAUUUCUCGUAUUAAAAUCAAUAAUCUUGAUAUUCAGAUUACGAAUUAUGCAUCACAUAUCACGCUUUGUUGCGAAGCAAUAAAAAUAAUUUAAAAAAAGAAAAAAUCAUUUUACACAAUUAAAAUAACAGAAUUAUAAAUCAUAAAUUUUAAUUUUACAUAAUUGAGGCUAUUUUUGAUCUGCAAUUUGGUGUGUCAAAUGGCCUGAGGGUUGCAGUGGACCCAAAAAUAAUAAAAUAAAUAAUUAAAUAGAAAAUAAUAAUUCGAUCCAUCCGUGCUUCAAUUUUAAAUAAUAUUUUAAGAUACUGCGCCACUUUUAUUAAAUAUCUUGAUCGUAAUAUAUUUUUACGAGACUCGAGUCAUCAGUGCCUAUGCAAAAAUGAUAUAUAAUUAUUUUGGAAUGAUGUAAAAAAUAAAAAUUUAAAAAAUUAUUAAGAGAGAGAAAGAUAUUAUUAAAGUUGAGUUGAUGAAUUUUAUGGUGCAAUAUUUAAGUAUUUAAUAUUUAAUUAGUUUUAAUAAAAUUUUGGGUAUUAAAAUAGGUUUUUUAUUACGUUAAUUUAAUCGACUGAAUUGAUCGAGUUAAAAAAAACAUUUUAAAGAAAAAAAAAACAAAGAUAUUUUAUCUACUUCUAAUAUUUGCUUUGUGCUGAAAUUUUUUCCUCACAAUAUUUUAUUUCUCUUGUUAUAAAAAAAAAAAUAAAAGAUAUUUUUUUUUUUUGGUAAAUAUAAUUAAUUACAUUUAUUUUGCUUAAAAAUUGGAAUUUAAAUUCUUACUUCCUCAACUAUAAAAAAAAUAUGUAAAUAAAAAAAAAUGUAAUAAAAAUUAAAAAACAAAAAAAAAAAACUAUUUUCCCUGACCAGAAAUAUUUGUC